AUGAAAGAUUUUAAAGUAUGAAUUUAAAGAUUUAUUUUAGUAAUAAUCUUAAAUGCAAAUAGCUAUGUUAAAUUAUAUUGCAGAAAAUAUGAUGUCUGAAUAAGAUAAGAAAAAACUCAUGGAAGAAUUUCAAAAGUUUGACUUAAAUAAAGAUGGAUAGUUAACCAAAGAUGAACUACUAAAAGUUUAUAGUACAAUGUUAUCAUCUGAAUAAGCAGCUUAGGAAGUUGAUACGAUUUUCAAAAAAAUAGAUCAUAAUGGUAGUGGUAGAAUUGAUUAUUAAGGUAGAAGUUGUUAAUUUUUAAUAAUAGAAUUUAUAAUAGCGACUAUAGAUUAAAAGAAAUAUUUUAAUAGAGAAAAAUUAUUGAUGCUCUUUUAAUAAAUUGAUAGAGAUCAUAGUGGAUAGUUAAGUAAAUAGGAAGUUAAGAAACUAUUGAGAGAUAUGUAGAUACCUAAGGAAAAAUUAGAAAAUCUUUAAAAGUAAUUAGAUUAAAAUGGAGAUGGUUAAAUUACUUAAGAAGAAUUUUUAUAGAUAAUGCUGCAGUUAUCUUGA